AUGAAAAAACACAAGUUAUUUGGUAUGAAAAGUCACGAUUGUCAUGUAUUCAUGCAAAGAUUGGUUCCUAUUGCAUUCUGUGAGCUAUUACCAAAAAAGGUGUAGGAAGCACUUACUGAGAUGAGUUUUUUCUUUAGGGAUUUCACUGCUACAGUAAUACGUGAAGAGGAUAUGGUAAGACUUCAACAAGAAAUACCUGAAAUACUUUGUAAAUUAGAGCGUGUAUUCCCUCCUAGCUUCUUUGAUUCAAUGGAGCAUCUCCCUGUGCAUCUCGCUUAUGAAGCAAUGCUAGCUGGUCCGGUACAAUAUCGAUGGAUGUAUCCAUUUGAGAGAUAUGGCACCAAGGGGGGGUGGACGAAGCAGAUAUUCUGGAGAAAGAACAUCAGAUCCAAUGACAUCUCCUCUAAUGUCUAGUUUCACACCUGAUCAAGCACCAUCAUUGCCUGAAGUGCCGAUAGCAGUUAUGCCAGAUUCAGUUGUUGUCAACAUAUCAAUACCAUCUUCAUCUGUGGGGAUAGAAACACCUAGAAAUGACAUUGUAUCUACAACUUCAUCAAAUACAACUGAUGAUACCCGCACCCGAAUUGAAAUUGUCCUGGGAUGUUUGGAGCCAAGUAACGAUGUAUCUCGGGCGAUCACAAAAUCUUUAAGGAAAAAUUGGAUCCCGAAGGAUAUGAUUGGAAGUCAGUUACACUACAGCUUAAGGACUUCUACUGGGAGGAGUUUAAGAAGCGAUUCCACUGGAAUAUGACAACUGAAGGUUCCAUAAAGGAUCAUUUUAUGAAAAAAUGUUCAAUACAAUACAAGGGUAUGCUAUGUGAAGCAAGAUCCUCUGAGGAGAAACGAAAAAAUAUCCCAAAAUCUAUUUGGGAGAGCUGGAAGCCUCACUAUGAUACUGACAAUUUUAAGGAUAAAUCUGCACAAUGUUCCAAAAAUCGACUAAGUGAGAAAUGUGGUGAAGGAUCUGGUCCCUCGCGCCAUACUGGAGGCUCCCGGACUCACCAAGAGCAUGCAAGAA